UGGCUAUAAAUAUAUCUAAAGCAGAAAGCAUAAUAUCUCUAUUCUGCAUAAUUUUCACACAAAAGAGGAUAACUAUCGUGUAAAUACAUUAUUCUCGUGUUCUAGACAAGAAAAUGGCUCUGAGUAUAUCAAAAUUCUCAUAGAGAAUGUAUAAUGUCUUCUAUAUUCUUCAUAAUUCUCGUGUGGAAAUUUCAUUACCGGGAACAUUUAUAUCUCGGGGUUUUAUGGUCAGCUGGAAGAGGUCAUGCAGAGUUUCUUAGCAAAAUCCUUGUGAAAGAAGCAUAAUCGCCAUUUAACGAUUUCUGUCCCACUGUUGAUUAUCCUUAAGAGGCAGUGCACGAUAGGGACGAACUAAGUUGCUGAAUGAACUUGCACAAAUUUGUGUCAAAUAUUUGGAGCAGAUAGAGAAAUGUAUCCUGAACAUUUUUGUCUCGUAACAUUUUUUCCAAAGUGCUUUCCCUCAACGCUAGAGCGCUUGCAAAAACGAUUGUAAAAUGCGAAAAAAAGCGAUUUUCCAGUCGAACAGAGAACUUGCAAGGUUAUCACUUGCAAAAAGUUCAAUUUAUCCGAGAAAAUAUUUACGAAACUAUGUCUUUUCUGUGGUGAUCUGGUCGGCUGGUGCUCUGCUAAUUUGGAAGUCACCUUGCAAAAAAAUUCGAUUGGCUGGUGGCCUGAUGGUCUGCAAGUUAAAUUGCAAAAAAAGAGCGUAGGACGGUCCCUGAUUAUUUUUACGAGUCGUACUAGCGGCCUAGCGGUUCAGGACCUCGCGCAGGGGGAAGGCAGAUAUAAGAUAUCAGAUUUUCAUCAACUCUUAGAAUUAUAUAAUUUUAAAACUUGGUAAACUGCGACCACAGAGUGAAUGAAAGGUCAUCAUUCAGGAAUAAGGUGAUAUUUAGAAUUUGCAUAAAAUUCUCUUUCUAGUUCUCGUCCUUUUGACGACGGUUCAUGGUAGUACUCUGGGUCUACCUCAUGAAACCGUGGAGAGCCCUUCAAAGGGACUAUCUUCGGUUGCGAAAACCUCUUUGAAAAACGGCCGAUGGCGUUUUGUGUAUGUCUAAAGAGUAAACUAUUUCUUGAGCACGCUUAACUCAAACAAGUUCAAAUUUUUAUUAUGAAUAGUACUCAUACCAAGACAGCUCUGGUAAAAAUUUAAGGUCAUUACUAUUUGGUUUUUAAUGGAAUUAUAGCGUAAGGAAAAUGUUCGACUGGAAAAUCGCUUUUUUUCGCAUUUUACGAUCGUUUUUGCAAGCGCUCUAGCGUCGAGGGAAAGCACUUUGGAAAAAAUGUUACGAGACAAAAAUGUUCAAGAUACAUUUCUCUAUCUGCUCUAAAUAUUUGACAAAAGUUUUUAAUAGUUCAUUGAGCACGCUAUGCACAAAAAGUGCGUUUCUAUCGUGCACUGCCUCUUAAUAGACAGCAAAUGAUUCAUCUUUGUCGUAUCGAUUAUAGGGUCGAGUAGCAGAAGUGGUUGUACUAGUAAGAGCUGUAUACGCUCAGUUGCCAUUAAGUUUAGUAUAAUUUUCGGCGUGAUAGCUUUUAUUUCCAUCGCCAUCUGCGUCGUUUUGUCUUGUUGUCGAGACACAGGCGGACCAUCAAAAACGAAUGAAGCAUUUGUGCAUGAAAACGCUGAGACGGAUAGAUUAUGUGAAAAAGACUAUUUCAAGACCGGUACCUGGUCUAGUCGAUAUUAUCAAUACAAUACAUGGCAUGGACCUCAUCUAUUUUCACUCUCGUUCGAUCAAGCAACGUCCACAGUGAUUGGUCAAGGAAUGGAUAACAUUGGUGAAUUUACUAUAGACGGCAUUUUUUCUCAGCAAAACGGUCGAAUAGGUCUAACAAAGCGAUACAAAGAAGGAACGGGUGAUCCUACACAGAACUUCGGACAUACGGUGACCCUACAAUUAUGUUGGAAUUCGGAUCAUGAUCAAUUCGAGGCUGGUUAUGGACAAAUACAGAUUGCAACUCUUGAUACUACUCCAGAAACUGCGUAUAAUAAAUUUAAUCAUUCUGUACGACCUAAUAUUCGCGUAGAACAUUGUAAUAGCAAUAAUGAUGAUAAAUGUACCAAUAGUGAGUUAUUAAACUCUGAAACAAAAGGAAUGUUGCAGGGUAAAAACGCUUAA